AAUGGACUGAACGCUCUUCACUUGGCCUCAAAGGAGGGCCACGUGGCGGUCGUCCGACUGUUACUGGAUCAUAACGCAGUUAUCGACGCAAAGACCAAAAAAGGCAACACACCUCUCCACAUCGCCAGUCUCGCGGGUCGGACAGACAUCGUCCGGCUGCUGGUGGACCGUGGCGCAGACGUGAACGCGCGAUCACAGAAUGGCUUCACGCCCCUGUAUAUGGCGGCUCAAGAAAAUCACGCUGAGAUUGUUCAAUUCCUGCUGAACAAAGGAGCAAAUCAAGCCUUGGCUACAGACGAUGGCUUUACGCCCCUGGCUGUGGCACUUCAACAGGGGCACGAGGGUAUAGUCGCCCUUCUGCUUGACCGUGACGCUGGGAGCAAGGGACGUCUUCCAGCUCUUCACAUCGCUGCCAAGAAGGACGACGUGCAUGCUGCUACGCUUCUUUUAGCGAACUCUGAAGUCAACGUUAACCACACAUCUGCAGUAAGUUUCGGUCACUCCUUCCUGACAUGA